AUGUACGACCCUGAGCGCGGCUGGAGCCUGUCCUUCGUGGGCUGCGGCUUCCUGGGCUUCUACCACGUUGGGGCGACCCGCUGCCUGAGCGAGCGCGCCCCGCACCUUCUCCGCGACGCCCGCAUGUUCUUCGGCUGCUCGGCCGGCUCGCUGCACAUAGCCUCCUUCCUCGCCGGGGUCCCGCUGGACAGGACUAUCCAGGUCCUCAUGGACCUCGGCCGGGCCAUCAGGAGACAGAAACUUGGACUCCUGCAGCCGUCCUUCAGCUUUAACAAGUACCUCCGAGACAGACUCCACAGAGAGUUCCCGGCCAACAUCCACCAGCUCGUCUCAGGCAAAAUUAGCAUCUCUCUCACCAGGGUGUCUGACGGGAAGAACGUGCUGGUGUCUGACUUUCAGUCUAAAGAAGAAGUCGUGGACGCCUUGCUUUGUUCCUGCUUCAUCCCUUUCUUAUCUGGCUUAAUCCCUCCUACCUUCCGAGGCGAGCGGUACAUGGAUGGAGGAGCGAGUAACAACAUGCCCUUCGCUGAUGACAAAACAACCAUCACCGUGUCCCCCUACUUCGGGGAGCAUGACAUCUGCCCCAAAGUCAAGUCCUCGAACUUUCUUUACGUGAACUUCACCAUGCUGAGUCUCCGCCUCUGCUCGGCAAAUGCCUACCUUCUAGUCAGGACAAUCCACCCCGGAGAGCCUAAGGUGCUUGGAGAGAUAUGCCUUCGAGGAUAUUUAGACACUGUCAGAUUCUUGGAAGAGAAGGGCAUCUGUAAGAGGCCUGGACCGUGCCUGAAUUUAGCCUCAGAAGACAGGGAUUCAGAGGCCCGCACCAACUGCUGGGAGAACAUGAGCCUGGAGCCUCCCCGGGAGGUGGUUGCCUUGGAGACGAAGCCUGAGGAAGAUGAGCUACUGGACCACCUCCGCCUCAGCAUCCUGCCCUGGGAUGAGAGCAUCCUGGAGACCCUGUCCCCCAAGCUCCUAAUAGCAGUGCGUGAAGCCAUUAAAGACAGAGGUGGAUACAUGAGCAAGAUCUGCAGCUUUAUGCCCAUAAGGAUAAUAUCCUACCUGAUGCUGCCCUGUACCCUGCCCGUGGAGACUGCUGUCACUGUGCUUCGGAGUCUGGCAGUGUGGCCUUCGGAUAUUUAUGACAACCUGCGGUGGCUGUGGUGGGUGACCUCCCGAGUCUGUUUUCGGCUGGUGGAGUGUCUGCUCCCCACUUCCAGAUCCCUAGCUCCAGCAAGCAGCCCACAAGCUUUCCCUCCCAAACCUGAGCCCGGCGGACACUGCUGGCCUUCCCACUCCUCCAUGGACCUGCAUGACCACCCUAUGGACUGUCCUGUAGGGGCCAAAGCCAGGGCCGCCCAGCGCUCCAUCCUCAAGUCCAGCCUGACCUUCUUCUCUGGCAACCAAGCACCUUCUGGGGCAGGGGGGGACUCUACCUUCCCUGCUUGUCCAGCAGACAGUAGUCUCUGAGUCAUUCCAAGAGACAAGUUCAAGAAAUUCUUUCCAAGGUGCUCAACCUUCCAACCUGGGGCAGUUACCUCCUCAGGCCACUGGCUGAUCCGCUUAUGACAUACAGAAUUCCGGCCUCUACACUAAAAUUACGUUGUUGUUGUUAGCUGCUAUCAAGUCAGCCCCUGACUCAUGGGGACCCCGUGCAUGCACAAAGAAAUCAGACCGUUUGUGAUCCACAGGUUUUCCCUGGCUGAUUUUUGGAGCUAGAUCACCAGGC